AUGUCGGACACCAAGUCCGCCCCUCCACCACAAAAGCCGGCGUCGGCGGCGGCGGCACCAGCGUCGCCCCCACCGCCCGAAUCCGCAGUCCAACCGUUGAUUGCCUUUUCCACAAUCGACGCACCUUCCCAACGCUUCUACGCAGUCGGCACCGCCGUCCUCAUCCAGGCAUGGAAGUAUUCUAGGAUCUUCAGACACCUGCUAUCCUCGUCCACAUCCACGCUCACAGCCACAUCGACCGCGCCGUCCCUCUCCACCGCCCUCUUGAUCAACUUUGCACUCCUCUUCGUCCUCUCGCGCCUCGGCAUCCCUCUCCUCGAUCCGCGCCUCGCAUCCGCAGCAUCACAACCACCACCAUCCAGCGCCAACCAAAAGCCCGUCCUUCAGCCGGCAAAGCUCGCAGGCCUCACAUACAUCCACUACCUCCUCAUCUUUGUCGCGCUCUCCUUCACAGAUGCUACGCUCAUCGGCAGCGCAUCCACAAAUCCACUCGCUCUGGCGCUCAACGCCAUCCUUGCUGUGCUCCAGAUCGUCACCUCCACCCUCGGCCUCAACCUGCCCGUGGCCGGCCUUCUUCCGGACGCGCUCAGCCGCCAGAUCUCCAUCAACGAGGGCCACGUGCGCAUCCGCGACCUCAUCCAGCCAAAGAGCCACAUCCUCGGUCAGCACACGAUCCACAUCCUCCCGCACAGCACCGCAAAAUUGCUCCCAUCCAGCGCCUGUUUUUGUGUCGGGCCAUCCACUCCCCAGGUCACCGUGCCUGUCCUCUUCAGCAACGCACACCCCGACCUCCUCCAAUACUCCAUCACCGACUUUGCCUCGGGCCACUCCACUUACUUCAACGUCAGCGUAGACAGCCUCAUCCCCUUUGGCUCCUCCAGCGACAACGCCGACUCCGCCCAGCUCGACGCCAUCUCCGCCGCAGCAUCCUCCCCAUCCAAUCGCCAAAACCGCGCCCAACGAGACUUGCUCGACGACGAAGAUGCCCUCGACGACACCUCCUCCCUCUUCCGCGGCCUCUCCUACGCCGAGCGUGCAAAGAUCCGCGCACAACGUCGCGCAUCCUCGCUCGACACACCCAAAUCCAAGCGCAUCUCCUCGCCUUCAUCCCGCAACCAACAGCAGCUGCUCUGGCAUCUUCCCAUCACCCAGCCCGGUCGCAUCCGCCUCGAGCGCGUCCUCGACAAGUCGCGCAACGACGCCCGCAUCUCGACCGCAGAGGCGCUCGUCGUACAAUGCCCCUCCACCAAGCUCAUCGCGCCCGCAUCGUCAGCCCCCUCCGCCACCUCCGAUCCCAUUGCUCUACAGCACAAGUGCCCAGGCGAUCGCGCUGAUUUUGCCGCCCAGGUCACCGGUGUGGCGCCACUGGAGCUCGAGUAUCGCCGCGUAUUCGAGCCCGUCCUUCCCGCCGGCGCCUCGGGUCGUCAAAGAGACUCGUCGCGCAACGAGUACAAGCGCAAGAUCUCGCGCAUUUCACCGCCGCACCACACCUCGCCCCUCCUCCUUCCCGAGGCCGAGGCGCUGCUUUCCCCCACCGACCGUCUCGCUCUGGCGCGGGAGCGCACGCGUGCAGCCUCGCGUCGCAACGAUGCCGGCGCCGAGGACUUUUCCUGGGCCGUCGCCGUCGACGUCGAAAUGCCCCUCAGCACCAUCGACCUCGACCUGCCCGGCAACUACACCUACGCGCUCGAGAGCGUCACCGACGCCUGUGGCAACCGCGUGUCCGUUCAUUCAGAGCCUCACCAUCCCCUCUCGCUUGCCCAAAAGGCACGCAAGAAGAUCAAGGGCGCAGACGAUUCCACCGCACUUUUGCACCAGUCCGUCGUCGUUCACCCUCGCCGCACCGUCGCUUUCGACCCGAGGCAGUGUCGUCCGGGCCAUCCACUGCCCCUCCUGCGCAACUCCAAGGGUAUCGAGCUCACCGUGCAAGCUUCCCUCGACCCAGAACAGGGCGCCGACUGGAACGUCAAUGUCUCAUUCCAGCCCGACAACAGCGGUGCCUCCAAGGGCAUGUGGGCACGCAAGCCGGCAGAUGCCUCCAACAUGCAGUUGGCUAUCCCGGGCCACAGCUCUCGCGUACCCUUCACCGUCGACAGCCCGGGCGUGUAUCGCAUCGAUGACGUCAGCGGACCCUUCUGCGCGGGUGAAGUGGGUUCGCCCUGGACUUGCGAGGUGGUCGAUGUGCCUCCUCCCACCGCACAGAUCAACUUUAGCAGCAUCGACGACCGUUGCGCCGGCCCCGUCGGCGUCAAGGCCAUGUCGGUCCUCACGGGCACGCCGCCCUUCCAGCUCGAGUACGAAGUGACCAAGCAGGGCCGUCAUCCCGAGCGCAAGGUCAGGACCAUCUUUGACCAGACGCGCGACGAGCUCGACUUCCGCCCGGACGUCGACGGCGCCGUGACGUACAAGUUUGUCAAGCUGCACGACAGCAACUAUCGCGGCAUCCCGCUCGACGGGCCGUCGUUCACCCAGGUCUUCCAUCCGCUCUCCAGCGCCGAAUUCACCGCGCCCAUCCGCAUGCACGACGACCGCGCCGUCAUGCAGAGCUGCAGCGGCAAACAGGCCGAAGCCGACGUGCGAUUCAGCGGCGCAGGCCCGUGGGAUCUCACCUACGCCGUCAGGGCGGGCGACCAGGUCGAGACCAAGCUGGUCAAGGCCAUCUCGCAGUCGCCGCACAAGCUCAAGAUCGACAUUCCCACGUCCAUGGCCGCCUCGGGUGGACUGGUCACCGUGAGCCUGGUCAAGAUUCGCGACGCACGCGGCUGCGAAAAGACGCUCGCCACGCGCGAUCUCAACGUCGAGGUGAGGCGCGUCCAGCCGAACAUCGGCUUCCUCCCCGUCAAGACGGACACGGGACGUCACCAAGAGGUGCUGGCAGGCAAGGCGGCCAAGCUGCCCGUGCGUCUGAGCGGGCAAGGGCCCUGGCAUGUCGACUACUCGUACAGGGCGGACGAGUCGGCCGACGAAGUCGACUUGACUGCCUCGAUCCACGGCGUCGAUGGCGAGCUGAUGGCGGAGCGACCGGGCCUGUACACCAUCAAGCGCGUCCGAGACAACUAUUGCCCCGGUAUCGUGCUUCAAGGUCAGGAAGACUUCCGCAUCAGCGUCCGGCCGCAGCCGCACGUCCAGUUUGCGCCAGAGGCAGGCACGGGAGCACGCAAUGGAAGCCUCAUCCGGGCGCCCGUGUGUCGCGGACAGCCGGACUCGGUGGACAUUGUCAUGUCGGGUCACUUCCCCGUCGAUGUCGAGUACGAGCACAUUUCGCCCUCGUGGAACGCCGGCAGCGAUGGCGAGGGCAAUGUGCCACUGGCAUCCGCCGCACACGAGGUGGCCAUGCACGGCAAGCGACGCAAGACGGCCUUUACGUCGGCGCUGGGCACCACCAACCUCGAAUUGUCGACGGCGCUGUCGGGCUGGCACACGUACGUGCUCAACACGAUUGGCGAUGCCGUGUAUGCGCCGUCGCCGCUGCAGGGCUUCUCGACCGAGGCGCCGAGACGGUUGGAGCAGAUGGUGCUGCCUCUGCCGAGCGCGUCGUUUGCCAGCACCAGCUCCAAGCACACCCGCCCGUCGCUGUGUGUGGGCGACGGAUUGGACCGGCUGAGCCCGCUGCCCGUGCUCAAGCUGCACGGCCAGGCGCCGUUCACCGUGUCGUUCGAGGUGGUUUCUGCGCUCGGCUCGACUGGUGCAGCGGGUGUGGUUUCGCACCGCUUCACGCGCACGGGCAUCCAGACGCACGACUACAAGCUCGACCUGGCCAAGGACGAGUUCUCGUUCAGCAGCAAAGGGCUGUGGUCUAUUCGGGUCGUGCAGGUGACCGAUGCGAACCACUGUCAGUCGGCCGUGAGCGACGGUAGCAAGCGCAGUGUCGAAGACAAGGCGAUUUCGAUCGAGGUUGCCGAGACGGCGGAUAUUGCGGCGGUGUCUUCGCGCGAGGACUACUGCGUCGGCGAGAUGGUCGACUUUUCGCUGCAAGGUAGUCCGCCCUGGACGGUGGCGUACGACUUUAACGGCAAGGCGGCCACCGCUGCGGUGACCUCGUCCGAGUUUUCGCGCGUGGCGGACAAACCGGGCGUGUUGACGAUCAAGAGUGUUGCGCAUCAGCAGAACCAGUGUCGACGCGACAUUGACGCGCGCGUGGCGCAGGAGAUGGUCAAGACGAUCCACGCGCUGCCGAGCGUACGCAUCAGCGAGGGCAACCACUUUGUCGAGGAUCUGCGCGAGGGCAACCAGGCGCAGAUCAUCUUUAGCUUCGAGGGCGUGCCGCCGUAUUCGUUUACGUUCCAACGCACACAGCCCGUCGACACACACGCGCGGCCCAAGGUGUUGGAGACCAACACGGUGAGCGGCAUCCUGGAGGAUACGUACAGCAUCUGGGCCGCCGUCGAGGGCACGUGGAGCGUCACCUGGCUCCAAGACCGUUGGUGCCAGGUCUCGAUCGAUUAUCAUAGUGGCGCCGCUACGCCGCUGGGCAAAUCGAGACUCGCCAUCAAGAAUGAGCCGCACAACCCGUAG